AUGGCCAACGUCGCUCGGCCUGCUCUGCGAGCUUCGAUUGACCGGCGAACGAGACACACGCUCUCGCCCGCCGCGCUCGAUGACGCCCACAGCAGCAGCAACAACGUCUACAACAACCCCAUCACCACCACCAUCACUACGCGACGCACAUCCAGAAGCGGCCCGCUCCUUGCACUGGCUGAUGGCGAAAAGCCCGUCAGGCAAAUCAACCACGCGCCUGCGAGACCAGCUCCUCCUGCCCGCCCUACCACCCGCAAGCGCCCAGCCACAGCGCUGAGUCCUGACGCGACCGACGCGAGACCUCCCACCAAAAUCACCGUUACACAACCACAUGGCGAGCUUCUCCGCAUCACAAAUGGCGUCGCCGCGCCCAUGGGCAUCCACGCAGAUGACGUGCCGUCGGCCGAGUCGACACCACGUCCAGACAGCUCGGGGAAGCUCGCCUCAGCGUCGACAUUGCAUGAUAAGCGGAGCUUGAGGAGCCACGAUGGCGGAUCACGCUUGAAGAGCGAUCUUGCCAUCUACUUUGCCAAUUACGAUGACAUUAUUCUGGGCAUGCCCAAGCAGGCUGAAUUCCUAGAUCUAGACACGCCCAUAUACAUUGUCGACGAGCCCAUAAAGUCAAAGACAUCAGCCCCCGCCUCGCCCCAAGCUCCACGAAACUCACUUAGUCCUUCACGAUUACGCAAGUCGAGAGCGUCCUCCCCUCCCCGCAAGGCCUCCAAUCCCGCAGUUACCCCCGCACAAUCCUCCACGACCUUCCAAGUCCUCGACUACACCUCCCUGGCAAAAGGUAUUCGCCAUGACGACGGCGAAGAUCCCCUCGCCGACUCGGUAUUCUUCACACAACAUCGGCGCGCAGAGCGGAAAGAGAAGCAGCUCCGUAACAUUGAGAAGGAGCGCGCCAUGCACGAGAAGGUGCAGCUGGAGCGACUGCUAGAUGGCCUACAAGGACCCGACUGGCUGAAGGUCAUGGGUAUAACAGGCGUUACGGACGGGGAGAGAAAGGACUGGGAGCCAAAGCGGGACUACUUCGUCAAAGAGGUCGAAACACUCGUGGACAAGUUUCGCAUAUGGAAGGAAGAAGAGAAACGAUUACGUGCGGAGAAAGAAGCAGCCCUCACUGCGCGCGAAGAAGGCGAGGAAGAGGAUGGCGAAGAGACUGAAGAAUCAGAUACCAUCGCCGUCCAUACUCGAGAUGCGCCGCCCCCCAGGCACCAUCCAAAAGAACCCGAACCCCCCAAACCUCGACGACCGCCUCGCCCACAUGGCUUCCUGUUACCCUACACACCCCCUCAACCUGCAGUACCCUUUCAGUCCUUCUAUUCCAAGCCACACCUUAGGGCUGCGGCGCUCGGAAAACACCGUCAUGGGCGAAAUGCAAGUGCCUUCGGGCAGCCCAUACCGGAGUUCGACGAGCUGGACUUUGAUUUGCCCGAGGAAUAUACUGACCCGCAAUAUCUAAAGGACAAUGCGAGGCAGCGAAGGCGGAGAAAGAGGGAGAGCGGUGUGAAUGUGCAGCCGAGCGCAUCGUGA